AUGUACAGUUUACCCACCCGCAUGGUUGGAUGGUUUGAUUCUACAACAAACUGCAACUUCUUCGAGGAGAAGUUAAAGUAUGAAAAGUCUAGAGGUAUGUUGUGUAGUCAAAAAUUGGCGGCUGCCAAGAAGAAAUUGUACACACCAGUGCCUAAAUUGGGAGGAGCAAGAACAGUUAUGUAUGGCAAUCCAUACCAAAUCAUCAAUCGGGAUUUCGAAAAGGAUUGUUUGCACAAAAAGAACUACCAACAUCUGUGUCUGGCAGGAACAAUGAACGAUUUGGAAGUGGAGAAAUACGGCACCCUUUCGGAGGGCUGUCAAGUGAUGGCCAUCAACACCACGUCCACCAUCAUGAGAAACACCUUCUCCUUAGAGAGCUCCCAUCCAUGUUACAAAUUCACAGGCAACAUCAUUUACGAAGAAAGUGUCUACAUCAAAACGGUGGGCACUGAGGUGCCGCUCUACGUGACAUUCAUGGAAAGCUUCCUCACCCUCGGUCACAUGUCACCGGUCACCUUAACGUUGAAACCGACCGUCUACUCAAAAUUCAAGAUAUCCUUCUGGAAACCGGACACGAGGUCCACCAAAUUCAGGACCAUCGAAGUGGAUCAAAGACUGAUCAUCAAACAUUCGGCGACCGGGAAAAAUUUGGUGUUGACUCACUCCCGCAUACCCACGGUGUUUGGGUCGGAGUAUGAGGUGACGUGUGACACUCUAAGGGACACGCACAAAAUGGAGACUGCUGAAAAUUUUUGGGUGAUCCUAUGA